AUGGCGUCCGAAAGCUUGACCUCAAAUGGCGAGCCUUCGUCCGUAAAGUCCGAGGGCUCAGGGGAGUCAAUGAAGCUGAAGAAGGAGAUCUCCCUGUUAAAUGGCGUGUGUCUUAUUGUGGGGAACAUGAUUGGCUCGGGCAUUUUCGUCUCUCCAAAAGGCGUUCUGAUCCACAGUGCGUCCUAUGGCCUCUCCCUGGUGGUGUGGACAGUUGGAGGUAUCUUCUCUGUAUUUGGGGCUUUGUGCUAUGCAGAGCUAGGGACAACCAUCACCAAAUCAGGUGCUUCCUACGCAUAUAUACUUGAAGCUUUUGGGGGUUUCCUCGCCUUCAUCCGGUUGUGGACGUCGCUGUUGAUCAUUGAACCCACCAGUCAAGCAGUCAUCGCCAUCACCUUCUCAAACUACAUGGUGCAGCCCAUCUUCCCCACCUGUAUAGCACCCUACAUCGCAAACAGGCUCCUGGCAGCGGCUUGUAUAUGUAAGUACCUUUGA